UUUUCUCUCUAUAUAUAUUAUAUGUGCAUUAAUUUUGUAUUUUUUUUUUUGCUUUUUAAUCGACAAAGGAAACAUUUAAAUUAAUAAUUAACUCGCACAUAAUUAUCUAAACAAAUCAAUAAAAAAAUUUAAACAACAACAAGUUUCAGUAUGUAAGACUUUUGUGAUUCAAUUUCCAAAAAGAAAAAAAAAAAAAAAUCCCAAAAAACAAGGAAUAAUAUUUUGUUUAAAAAAAAGAUAUUUUUCAUCCCAGAGUGUGUGUCUCUGUUCUUCCUUUUUUCUAUCGUGAUCUUGUAAUUGUAAUAGAAUAAUUUUAUUACACUCAAACUCAACUCAAAAUGCCACUUGCUGACUCGAUCAAAGACCUUCGCCUGGGAGUGUCCAUUGCCAAUAAUGCCACUCUAACAACAACAACAACAAUGUCAGAGCGGACCUCCGACGCCUGUCAGGAUGAUUCAGAUACUCUCAUGGAAGGGAUUGUAUGUGGUCGUGAUUCCGCUACCGAUAACAAUCAUCACCAACACAUGGAUUGUUGCGAGGAUGACACAGAAAUGAGAGAGAAUGAGAUAGAAUUGAGAGAGGUGGUUAAAGAGGGUCACGACAAGGCCGACCCAUCACAAUUUGAAUUACUCCGAGUUCUGGGCGAGGGUUCCUUUGGCAAAGUAUUUUUAGUUAGAAAAAUAAUUGGCAAAGAUGCGGGUGCUUUAUAUGCAAUGAAAGUACUCAAAAAAGCCACCCUCAAAGUUAAAGACAGGGUUCGGAGUACAAAUGAGAGAAAGAUUCUAGCCGAUGUGGGGCAUGCUUUCAUUGUCAAACUCCAUUAUGCCUUUCAGACUCCUGGCAAACUCUAUUUAAUCUUAGAUUUCUUGCGGGGUGGGGAUUUAUUCACUCGAUUGAGUAAAGAAGUAAUGUUCACCGAGGAGGACGUUAAGUUCUAUCUCGCUGAAUUGGCUUUGGCUAUGAAUCACCUUCAUCAAUUGGGUAUUAUCUAUCGUGACCUUAAACCAGAGAAUAUUCUUCUCGAUGAACAUGGUCAUAUUGCUUUGACUGACUUUGGGCUGUCCAAACAGCCUUUGGAUGGUUCAAAGACUUAUAGUUUUUGUGGAACUGUUGAAUACAUGGCUCCUGAGAUAGUCAAUAGAAAAGGACAUGAUUUCGCCGCAGAUUGGUGGUCAUUUGGCGUCCUUAUGUAUGAAAUGCUAACUGGCAAUUUGCCAUUUCAUGGAACUUCCCGUCAAGAGACGAUGAAUCAGAUUCUACGCACAAAACUGGGUAUGCCAGAGAAUCUUAGUCCGGAAGCACAAUCUUUACUGAGAGCUUUAUUUAAACGUAACCCACAAAAUCGGCUUGGAGCUGGUCCGAAUGGUAUUGACGACAUAAAAGCCCAUCCAUUCUUUGCGACAAUUGAUUGGGAUGGUUUGGUUCGAAAAGAUGUUAGACCGCCAUUUAUUCCGGCUGUUUCACGCGAUGAUGCAUUUUACUUUGAUGUAGAAUACACUUCGAAAUCUCCGAGAGAUUCGCCAGGUGGUCCAAUAAGUGCCAGUGCCCAUGAAAUCUUUCGUGGAUUUAGUUUUGUGGCGCCAGUUCUACUUGACGAUGUAUCGCCAACACUUGUGCCAAUAGCCCAGAGCCUUAUGCAGCAAGCUACAGCUACAGUCACUCAAAAUAGUAUUCCUGGUGUAGUGACUGCGGGUAAUUUUCAAACUGAAUAUAAUUUACUGCAGGAACUGGGACGCGGGACGUUCUCAGUUUGUCGUUUGUGUGAGCAUAAGACCACUAAGAAACACUUUGCAGUUAAAAUUAUUGAUAAAACUGCAAAUGAUUGUUGGGAAGAGGUUGAGAUUAUGUUGCGCUAUGGUAAUCAUCCGAAUAUUGUGACCUUAUUUAGUGUCUAUGAGGAUACUAGUUCGGCGUACCUUGUAAUGGAGUUGUUGAAGGGUGGAGAGUUGUUGGAUCGGAUUUUAGCUGUUCAAACGAUGUGUGAAAGUGAGGCAAGUGCAGUAUUGCGGACAAUUGUCUCGGCUGUGGCUUAUCUUCAUGAUCAUGGAGUGGUUCAUAGGGACCUGAAACCUUCGAAUAUGAUUUACGCAUCGAUGAGACAAACUCCUGAUUCACUUAAAUUGUGUGAUUUGGGAUUUGCUAAGCAAUUGCGGGCUGAUAAUGGGCUUUUGAUGACACCGUGUUAUACUGCGAAUUUUGUUGCUCCAGAGGUUCUAAAGCGACAGGGAUAUGAUUUAGCUUGCGAUAUAUGGUCUUUAGGAGUUCUUCUUUAUAUAAUGCUCUCUGGCAGAACACCGUUCGCUUCAACGCCAAAUGACUCACCCGAUGUGAUCCUGAAACGUAUCGGUUCCGGUAAUAUUGACUUGUAUUCGAAAAAAUGGGCAGACAUUUCACCAGCUGUGAAAGACUUACUACGACAAAUGGUUCACAUUGUGCCGGAGAAUAGGCCAACAGCAACACAAAUACUCCAACAUCCUUGGUUGCGAGAGCAAGCGCCAUCGUGUGUUCGUUUAACAGCACAUUCAGGUGCUGUUCAACAGACAUCCAUGAAGGAAGCAUCGUUGGCAUUGAAAGGAGCCUUGGAUGCGACAUUCCGUGCCAUUGCAAUACCACAGGCAGCUAAUAUUGGACCGGUAGAGCUUUCUAAGCUGGCUAAGCGACGUGCCAAGGAUCGUGCCACUAUACACUCUUAACGCUAGUGCCAUCAUGUAAAUCCUUCUUAUUGUGAUGGUGUCGUUGUAGCUUUUUCAAUUAUUACCCUUUAGCGCAAAAGCAACCAUCAUCAUUUAAGUAGGACAACAACAAAAAACAUUAUAUAGUUAUUAUUAUUAUCAAUGAAUUUAUUAUUAUAUUUAUAUAUAAACAAAAUAUAUAUAUAUUCCAGAAAAAAAGAAAAAAACCUUAGGAAAAUGCAGUUAUUAUAAAACAAAUUAUUAUAUUAUACAAAAAAAAGUUAUUUAAACUAUAUAAAUAAAAACGAAAAUUAAACAAAAAAAUUAAUUAUAUUAUAAUCAUGAAGACGACAGAUGCAGCAGUCGAUUACUUCGUGCUUCUCUCCAUUUAUUAGUAUUAAAAAAAAAAUUAACAAAAAAAAAUUAAGAACAAAAUAAUUAUUGAUAUUUAUACACAUCCUUCAACACAAAAACC